AUGGAGAUACUUAACGGUAAAUCUAGAUGGUCAGCCAUUGCUUGGAAGCUACCAGGAAGAACAGAUAAUGAAGUCAAAAUUUAUUGGCAUGGUCGUCUUAGUAAACGCUUGAAUCAAGCUCGUACAUUAACUGAAAUCAUCAUGGAAAAAACUAGUGAAAAAUCACAGCAUGUGGUGCAAGGUAAUCAUCAACUCAAGCAAUCUCCGGCAAUGUCUGCUUAUGAUUCCAACCAAAAGAGAGAAAUGGGGCCUAAUAUUGCCGCUGCAGCUGCACCUCUUGCUUGCAGUGAAUUGUGCUCCAUUAGAAGCUCUGAUUCCACACUUUCUGAUAGCAACAUUUCAGUGGACUAUCCAUUUACUGAACCCUUUGAGAGUUAUUGGACGCAGCCCUUUGACUUGGAUACUUCAAAUAAAGAUAAUGUUCAUUGGUUAAUUACCGCCACUGGAGGAAGAAUUUGCCUACUUUUUCUGGUCUUUUGUUCAUGA